AUGUCUGAUCAAGAAUCAAGAUCACAAUCUGUCUUGUCAGCCUCCAACAGUAAGGCUGACAGAGAAGACGAAUUCAAGGCUUAUGUCGAUGAGGAAGGUCAACCAAUGGUUGAAAUUCCAAAGAAGCCUGCUUCCGCUUACGUCUCUAUUUCCAUCUUCUGUCUAUUCAUCGCUUUCGGUGGUUUCGUUUUCGGUUGGGAUACUGGUACCAUUUCUGGUUUCGUUGCCCAAACUGAUUUCAUCAGAAGAUUGGGUCAAACUCGUGCUAAUGGUACUCACUACUUGUCUAAGGUUAGAACUGGUCUAGUCGUCUCCAUUUUCAACAUCGGUUGUGCUAUCGGUGGUAUUGUUUUGUCUAAGUUGGGUGAUAUGUAUGGUCGUAAGAUCGGUUUGAUCAGUGUCGUUGUCAUCUACAUUGUCGGUAUCGUUAUUCAAAUUGCUACCAUUGACAAGUGGUACCAAUACUUCAUCGGUAGAAUUAUCUCCGGUUUGGGUGUUGGUGGUAUUGCCGUCUUGUCUCCUAUGUUGAUUUCUGAAGUCUCUCCAAAGCACAUGAGAGGUUCUUUGGUUUCCUGUUACCAACUGAUGAUUACCUGUGGUAUCUUCUUGGGUUACUGUACUAACUACGGUACCAAGAACUACUCCAACUCUGUCCAAUGGAGAGUUCCAUUGGGCCUAUGUUUCGCCUGGGCUCUAUUCAUGAUCGGUGGUAUGACCUUCGUUCCAGAAUCUCCACGUUACUUGAUUGAGGUUGGUAGAGUUGAAGAAGCCAGAAGAUCCAUUGCUAUCUCUAACAAGGUUUCUCCAGAUGAUCCAGCUGUCACUUUCGAAGUUGAAAAUGUCCAAGCUGCUGUUGAAGCUGAAAGAUUGGCUGGUUCUGCUUCCUGGGGUGAAUUGUUCUCUACCAAGACUAAGGUUUUCCAACGUUUGAUUAUGGGUAUCAUGAUUCAAUCUUUGCAACAAUUGACAGGUGACAACUACUUCUUCUACUAUGGUACUACUGUUUUCAAGGCUGUUGGUUUGGAAGAUUCUUUCGAAACCUCCAUUGUCAUUGGUAUUGUUAACUUCGCUUCCACUUUCGUUGCCUUGUACGUUGUUGACCGUUUCGGUCGUCGUAGAUGUCUAUUGUGGGGUGCCGCUGCUAUGACUGCUUGUAUGGUUGUCUUCGCUUCUGUCGGUGUCACCAGACUAUGGCCAAAUGGUCAAGACCAACCAUCCUCCAAGGGUGCUGGUAACUGUAUGAUUGUUUUCACCUGUUUCUACAUUUUCUGUUUCGCUACCACCUGGGCUCCAAUUCCAUUUGUUGUCAACUCUGAAACUUUCCCAUUGAGAGUUAAGGCCAAGUGUAUGGCUAUUGCCCAAGCUUCCAACUGGAUCUGGGGUUUCUUGAUUGCCUUCUUCACUCCAUUUAUUACCAAUGCCAUUAACUUCUACUACGGUUACGUGUUCAUGGGCUGUCUAUGUUUCUCCUACUUCUACGUUUUCUUCUUCAUUCCAGAGACCAAGGGUCUAACUUUGGAAGAAGUCAACACUUUGUGGGAAGAAGGUGUCUUGCCAUGGAAGUCUCCAAACUGGGUUCCACCAUCCAAGAGAGAUGCUUCUUACGAUGCUGACGCUAUGAUGCACGAUGACAAGCCAUGGUACAAGAGAUUUGUUUAA